AUGAGUUCUUAUUUUUGCCUUCAGGGUAACUCGACUUCCACGCCAUACACGUCAAAAUCCGAACAGCACAUCCCGAACGGUCAUUUACCGCAAUCAGUUGGUCGCCGUGAGCCUGCGAGCAGUAUCCUUCGUGGAAUGUCGCAUCAGGAGCAGUCGCGAUCCGAAUCACGUCCGACACUUCUGCGCCGUCAGUCCUUCGGUACAGAACGACCACCAUUUCAAUACGCGGACACCACUUUACAGCGCAACAACAAUGAGCCACCAAAGUAUAUCUCAGGACAGGAACGUGUCGCAGCCGCUAUUUAUCGAGCUGAAACGCCUCAGCGAGAGCUGUACGCUAGUGGAACGAUUCACCGAUCUGAAACACCUAACCGAUACUUCCCUGAAAAUAGCACAUUUGCUCGCAGUGAAACGCCAGCGUUUCCAAUUCUGCGCGAAACGCCAGUGCCCUUCCACCCGCUUCUAUACGGCCAGAAUGGCUCCAGUCGGCAGGACCUCGACCAGACCAACAGCAUAAAUUACAGGUAA